AUGGCAACACUGACUGACGACCAAAAACCUUCGAUUGAGCACGUCUCCAAUGACAAGAUUGCGCCUACGACACUUGAAGCUGGGGAUGGGCCCGUGGAUGGGCAUCGCAAGCUUGUUGCGCCGCCGCUGGUGGCUGCUAUGAGCGCCGAGGAAAGAAUCGAAGCGGAAAAAAAGAUGAGGAGGAAGAUCGACACGAGGCUGUUACCGAUGAUUAUCCUGAUGUAUAUCAUGAAUUAUCUUGACAGAAAUAACAUCGCUGCCGUUCGACUAGCAGGUCUUCAAGACGAGUUGGAACUCUCGAGUGUACAAUACCAAACCACUGUUUCCAUCCUCUUCGUCGGCUACAUACUCAUGCAAAUCCCAUCAAACCUGUUUCUCAAUAAAACUGGUAAACCGGCCCUUUACCUACCUACAUGUAUGAUCAUCUGGGGUAUCAUAUCAGGCGCUACCGGCGCAUGCCAAAACUUUGCUGGACUUGUGGUCUGUCGCUUCAUGCUGGGUUUCAUCGAAGCUGCAUACUUCCCGGGGUGUCUGUUUUACCUCAGCGCUUGGUAUACAAGGAAAGAGUUGGGUCUGAGAACGGCGGUCCUAUACUCUGGAAGUUUGAUCUCGGGAGCGUUCGGUGGUCUCAUCACUGCGGGUAUUACCAGUAACAUGGACGGUACGCAUGGCUUGAGAGCGUGGCGCUGGGUGUUCAUCAUUGAGGGUGGCAUUACCGUUGCGAUUGCCGCAGGAGCCUUUUGGAUCCUACCAAACUUCCCUCGAACAACUUCCUGGCUUACGGAGGAAGAGCGCCAACUCGCCGUAUACAGACUCCAGGAAGACGUUGGCGAAGAUGAUUGGGUUUCCGCGGAGUCACAGACCUUCUUUCACGGCCUAAAGCUCGCUUUGCUCGAUAUCAAGACUUGGGUGCUCACAAUUCUUCUUCUAGCGAUCGUGUCUUCAGCGAGCGUUACCAACUUCUUCCCCACGGUGGUCAAAACGCUAGGAUAUCCGAAUAUCGAGACACUUUUGUUGACAGCGCCACCUUACGUCCUGGCAGUUAUUACCACCUAUCUCAACGCCUGGCAUGCCGAUCGCACAGGCGAACGAUUCUUCCACAUUGUCCUCCCGCUCUGCGUUGGUGUGGCAGCUUUCAUCCUGGCUGCUGCUACAACAGCUACCGCACCCCGCUACGUCGCCAUGAUGUUGAUGGUCCCUGGUGUCUACACUGGCUACGUCGUCGCUUUGGCCUGGAUCUCCAACUCUUUACCCCGUCCACCAGCGAAGAGAGCGGCUGCACUGGCUUUCAUCAACGCGAUCAGUAAUACCAGUUCGAUUUACGCAAGUUACAUGUAUCCGCAGCCGAAGAGCGGGCCGGCGGACUUGACGAUACCGCUGAGUGUGGAUUGCGCAACUGCAGCACUGGCCAUCAUCAUGACGGUCAUCAUGCGCAUUAUACUGGGAAGGUUGAACAAGAAACUUGCACGGGGAGAGCACGUGGAGGGGGCGAUCAACGCCGUACCUGGAGUUGGUGCCGAGCGAGGUUUCAGAUUUCUAGUCUAG